UAUCUGUCAGACUGUUACUGACUUUUUGUUUGGGCGAGUAAUAUGAUGGGUGGAUAACCAAGACGAUCCAUAGAACAAAAUGGCGAAGGAAUCCUCCCGCAUUCCCGGCGUCGGCGGCCGUACGAAAGAAGAAUGCCAGGAUAUGAUUCAACGAAGUCUCAGAACUCCAAUGGUGAAAUUUCUGAAGGAGCAUUUAGAGAAAGCAGGGUGUGGAGUUGGGGACAAUUUCAUCAAGGCUGUUAAUUGUGAUAAGGAGAUUAGUGGUGGUUAUGUUCGUGGUGAAGGGAUAAUGGUGUGCAGUAAUCACAUGAACAUUCAAGAUGAGGUCAACCAAGUGGUUAUACAUGAACUGAUUCAUGCGUAUGAUGACUGCCGUGCUGCAAAUUUGGACUGGGCUAAUUGUGCUCAUCAUGCCUGUAGUGAGAUUCGUGCUGCCCAUCUAAGUGGAGAUUGCCACUAUAAAAGAGAGCUGCUGCGUGGUUACAUGAAAAUAAGAGGUCACGAACAAGAAUGUGUAAGAAGAAGAGUCAUGAAAUCAGUGAUUCUCAACCCGUACUGCUCAGAAGCAGCUGCAAAGGAUGCCAUGGAAGCUGUCUGGGAUGUCUGUUACAAUGAUACAACGCCAUUUGAUAGAGCUCCCUGAAUCAUGUUGAACUCCACAUUUUUUGUUUGAAAUGAUACCAAAGAAGAUCCUGGCUUUUAAAGGCUUAGGAACAAGCCCUACAUUCAAAACAGAUAAUUUAAUUUUUUUCAGAAGUUCUAAUUUUUCCUUUUCACAUGCAACUGGACCAAAGGGAUCUUUUUAUUUAUGAACAUUACACUGGUGUCCACAUCAAUGAUUGGUAGUCCUCUGAGGUCACAUUUUCAUUUUUAGUUUUUGUUUUUUAAGAAACUUGUUAGUUUCACUUGUCUCAGAAGGGAAUAUAGUCAAGUAGAUCAGUUCUCUUGGAUGAGACGUGUAUUCCUUUUUAUUUAUUAUUCUUCUUUUACUUUUAUCUUUUUUCUAGUGAUUUGAUUAAUAAGAUGCUACUGUGAUUUGAGAAGUUGGUACAA